AGAGCUUCGUGGAGCAGCAGCAACAGGACCACAAGAAUGUUGUCCAAGUAUUUGCAUGGCGAAUAGUUGACAACAUAAACAUUGUCGAUGCAGCGCUGCAAGCGUUAAAAAGCCAAACGUAUAUCAAAGCGGAUAAAAGUGAAAUUGUACCCAAAAGACUUUUUCCAUCCGAGAUUGCUGAGUUUGCGAGUUUGCGGUGAAAAUGUGUUUGUAUUUGGGCGUCGUGGAGCAUUUGGUGGAUGUGGUUGCCUAUUGUGUCUGCCGGAUGCUGGAGCUCACGCUGCUCACCUUCGUGAUGAUGUGCAACACGGCCAAAGCCAAGCUGAGCAGCAGCAACAACGGCAACAACAACAACCAACUCGUCCUGAUGGAACAAUGACCCAGGUUCACGUUUGGACUCCAUGUCCACUGUACGGGCCAGUGCCGGGAAGCCGACAGACGCUGGGGCGUGGGCAACGUCUAGGGAUUCUGAAUGGAAUAUCUAACUCUACUUUAUUUUGAUGUACUUUUUUGGCUUAGAUAUAUGUACAAAAUAUAU